AUGCUGCUGAGACACCGCGACGGGACCCUGCCAAGAGAUGACUACGUGCAGCUCAUGAUGUGCCUGCGUCCGGACUGCGACAAGGAUCACACUUCGGCACUGUUCAGCGCGGCCAAGAAGGCGGAAGAACAGCAAUCGAACUCCGUCGCCGCCGUCGAAGACGAUCGCAACCUUCUAUCCAAGACUGGCUUCUUCAUGCUCUGUGCCCUUGGCACGGCCGACAUAUCACGGACGCAAAACGAACGCAUGAAAAUGUACCGCCGGAGCCGCCGGAGAAAGUCCGGAAGGAAGUGGGCGCGAGCUCGAGCUCGACUCGAUGGGUAUCAGAUUGUGCGAGCGGGAGACAAUCCCGAGGGAAGGCCGGCUUGGGCAUACCCCCUCGGGGCCGUCCUGAUUUUUUACUUCUGCCUCCAGGCGGCCUUGAGGAUGAUCGCUGGUGGGGUUCGUCCGUACUUCUUGGAGUGGCGGAAUAUCCUCGAGAUGUCGCUCAAUAUGGUCGGAAUCGCGUACUACGCCCAACUUUGGCCACGAGGGCAGGCGUUUCAUAGCUUCUAUCAAAUACUCCAGGCAUUAAGACUCGAGCUCUUGUGGAUCAACCUUCACCUUCUAGGACCUACCAGCUCAGACGUCGCGACCCGACUCGAGUUUGUCUUUCCGGCUGUAAUACGGGCAUCCUUCGUGCUCUUCGCCCUCACCUACACCUACGCGGUCGUCGCGUACGCCAUGUACUGCUCGACACCACUGGGAGGGGAACCCAUCGGGGACUUGAAAGACGACAGCAUGGUCAAGAGGUUUGCAGCCGUGAAGGAAGUCGCGAACUUCGCCACCUUGCCGCGGUCCUACGCGUCCAUGAUGUACGUCGUGAUGUUCAGCAACUGGCCCAUGUUCAUGGACGCGGCCGGAGUGGUGGGCAACUUGGUGGUGGCCAAGGUGUUCUUCUACUCAUUCAAAGCCAUCGGCUUCUACUUCGUCAUGCCGGUACUCCUCGGGUUUAUCGUCACGAGCUACAUGAACGCCCACGUGCCCACCGUCGAAGACCCCCCCAAACCACCGGCGGCGGCGAGGAAAUCGCUCCCCCCACGGCAAGCAAGCAGCAGCCGCAGCCCUCUCAUCGGCAGCAAGGGGACCCCACCGAAUCGUGGAGCAGGAGGCGGGCGGGGGGGGGCGGCUGGCGACGAGGAGAAGGCUUCUCCUUUGGUGCGAUUUCGCAAGGGCCUUCAGAGGCGGUCUAGCUUCGGCGACGAGCCCACUAGAUCGAAGGACCGCGGCAAGUUUGGCUACUCGACCCUGGCCGACGGCGCGCACACGGAGAUCGACGUGGCCGCCUUAGCGGUGCCGAGGGGGAGCCAAGAAGCUCUGGCAGAGCUCGGGCAAGGCGAGGGCGACUACGACGAGGUCGAAGACGAAGACCCGUCGGCCGAAGGUCGGGACAGGGAGGAUCAAGAGGACGAAAACAGCGGUGGCGGCGAUGGCGACGAUGAGGUCGAAGACGACGUUGCUACCGAGCUCUGGGAUGCGGGCAAGCGCAGAGGUAGAGAGCGAGCUUACUCCGUCGACUCUUCCACCGAGGAGGAGGAGGAGGACCAUCACGCCCCCGUCAUGGUUGCGUCUCGAGCGCGGUCCUUGUCUCAGACGUUCUGGGGGGUACACCAGGCAAGGGACGGCGGUGCUGCCAACACGACCGUUAUGCAAGGGGCUCUCGCUCGACUCGAGAACGAGCUAGCCAACCUGAGGGCCGAAAACGAAAGCCUCCGAGCUGAUUUAGGCCCUCGGGAGGUGAGCACGAGGCUGCACGUCGCUGAAAUGCUUAAGGAGGUGCAGACGCCGAUGCAAGACGGUGCUUCCACUUCUGCUGGACAGAAGCCGUAUCGGCAGCCCAGCGUCGGCGUCGGCGCAGCCAAUGCCGCCGCUGGGGAAACGGAGAGCCCCUUGCCCAGCACAUCUCCGGAAGGGGACGGUUCUCUGCGCUCGCGGGUGGUUGGCUCGUCAAAUACGAUAUGGGGGAUGCAAGCCAUCUUGGAGACCGAGGACGGCGAAGAAACAGGCCAAGAUCUCGUCUGAUUCUUUCUGCUGAACUAUACUAUCGUGGGAACUUGGACGAUUUUGUUUCUGUUUUCUACACUGUUCGCUCUCUGCCUCGUGCGAAGUAUCAGAUAUUCGGUUGUCAAAUGUGUUGGAGUUGCUUAUUUUCUGAUCUCCACUCUAAAGCUCAAAAGGCAUGGUCUGUGAUCAACCAAUUGGAAUUCCGAAACAUUCCGUAUUCGUGCGUGGAGGUAGAUUGGUCGAAUUGUACCGGUAAUGGCGGUUUAGUACAUCGUAGAUGGGAACCUUGAGGGACAUGCUAGGAGAGACUUUGGGAUACGAGUUGAGGUCCCCCCUUCGACUGGUUUUGGCCUGGCACUCCUCCUUUCUCCUCCUUUCUCCUGCUCGUCCUCUCUGAUGUCGCCCCUACGAUCUGUUACAUGCCGUUAACAACACUCUUUUGACUCUGGAGCUCACACAUCAUAGGCAUAUAUGAACAAGCCGAACCCCGCUCUUUGAGGCAUUUGUAGUGUGAUUAUUUGCUUAUUUUUCGUCCGGGUAGGGGCCACGUUUUGCACACAUGUGAUUGGUAUCGUCCUACAGGCAGUGUGAUGGACGUCAUCCGACUGGUCGGGUGCGCUAAUCGCGCACGACUGUCGACGUGUCCGUCUUGGUUGCGUACGUUAUCCUUGUCGUUGGGUCCUGGGGUUCACAGUCGGCCUUGGAUAGCUGGUGAGUGCUUUGAGUCCUCCUGGCGUUUUUGGUCCAUUGAUGCCGAAGGUUUCGGUGCGGAUCCGAAAAUUAGAUUCAUGUUUGAUUCAUUCGAGGUUGUAGUGUGUUCUCGGUUAUGUUUUACGGUUUGUUUUUUGUAUGAGUUGCCUUUUGUUUAUGUGCGAAAAUAAGAGUAGCGACGCUCAAUCAACCCUCGGCUUGUAGUAGCUGGCCGUUUUCUCCUCACAACGAAGAUCAUGCGAGGGAAUGACAAGGCGCGUCGGGAACCGAGGACAAAAGACCGGCGAGAUCGCGUCAGUGUUCGCCAUUUAGCUGUUACAGCAGCUGCGGUCUCCCCAUGAAGUUUUUUUUGUUACCCCAUGACCGGCCCAUGCGUGUGAAUUUAUCUACCUUGUACGCGUUAUCCCCAUUCCCAGAUUUGUUAAAGGGUCACGUUGUUUUUUGUGUGGAUUGGUUGGGGUGUUGUUCCACUGCUGACGUUUUGCUCUUGAUAUGUUCGUUUGCCGUCGGUAUUGUUUGUUUGAUGUUGGUGUAAACGCCGCUUUCUAGAGUGUCACCAAACAGAUAUUAACACAGAUCACAACAGCAGCAUUCGGUUGAACUUCGUUUGAGGGUUCGUAUAGCCUGCAGUCUAGUCUUCUACCGCUGUUUGUGUGCAUGAAGAAGAGCAGAAUAUGCAUGGGAACAAUCGGUUCGCCGAAGCUCGCGCUGGUAGAUACUUGAUACAGACACAUUUCCCAGAGAAGUUGCAGAAUACGAGAGGUCUUCUGCAUGUCCUGCAUGCAGUAACGCCUGUCUUGAUGCCGGUUGUUGAUAGAGGCACAUCGAUCUUCACGGCG